AUGGAACUCAACCCAGAACAUUUUCGCGCCAUAAUUUAUUACAACUCUCAGAGACAAUUAUCGCAACAAGAAUGCCUUGCUGAGUUACUGUCUGUUUACGGAAACAAAGCGCCACAUCAGUCGACAAUUUCCCGUUGGUAUGGAGAAUUCAAACGUGGACGGGUGAGUCUUAGUGACGAUCCCAGGGUGGGUGCACCAAAAACGGCAGUCACCCAGGAAAACGUCGAUGCUGCGUCCUUGAAGAUCUCAAAGACCUCAAUUCAAAAAAUUUUACAUGAAGAAUUAAGACAGAAAGCAGCCAGGGUUAAUUGGUGUCAAAAAUCGCUUGACCGUUUCAAUUCCGGAAACUCAAAAAAUGUGAACAGCAUUAUUACUUGUGAUGAAUCGUGGAUUUACUGUUAUGAACCAGAAAAUAAACGACAGUCGGCUGUUUGGGUGUUCCAAGGUGAAGAAAAGCCAACAAAAAUGGUCGCGACAUUUGUGUCAAAAGCGGGUCAUAUUGCAACAAUUCCUCUUAAUGAGCAAAGAACUGUUACUGCGGAUUGGUAUACCACCAUUUGUUUGCCAAAAGUCAUCACCGAGAUUCGGAAAAUCAACCCCGAAAGAAGAAUCAUGCUCCACCAAGAGAAUGCAAGCUCGCACACAGCCCAAAAAACAAGGCAGUAUUUAACGGAAGAAAACGUGGAAUUAUUGGACCAUCCUCCAUAUAGUCCCGAUCUAAGUCCUAACGAUUUCUUUACUUUCCCGAUUAAAAACAGUCUGCGGGGUCAAAGGUUCCAGUUACCAGAAGAAGCAGUUGACGCAUUUAAAAAUGCCGUUUUAGAUCUGCCAGCAAACGAGUGGAAUAAGUGCUUCGAAAAUUGGUUCGAGCGCAUGCAGAUGUGUAUUAAUCUUCGUGGAGAAUACUUAGAAAAACAAUAA